ACAUCUGCUCCCUUAAUAAUUAUUUAUAAUUGAGCAAUCACAUAGGGUUUGUGUUGAAGAAGUGUAGCAGAGGCAUGCUUUCGAAUAACACCAGAUUUCCCGAUACUGGUCAAGCUGGUAUAAAUACAGUUGAAAUGAAGCAGGUUUUUAGUCUCCAACAAUAUUGCAAUUCGUGACUUCGAUCAGGGAUUUAGAUCAAAAGGCAACAAUGACAACGCAUUCCCUUUUACUGUUACUAAUUCUACCAGUGGUUUUCAGUGAAAACAUUUUAGAAAAGUCGACGAAAGCAACUUGCCCACAAAUUUGCCCAUGCGUAUAUAGCCCAGCGUGUUUUAUAGAUGGCCUGGAGUUAAGAACAGUUAAAAGCAAGUGUGUAGCACUUGCAAGCAACUGUUUGCAUUAUUCGGGUAAGUUUACAACUUUCUCAGCUGCCCUGACUCCAUCAAGGUUAGUUACUGGAAAGUUUAUUUAAUAUAAAGACAGCCCUGGAAAAUUGAAUAAGCACUAAUGGAUUCUUGUUCAUCUUUUCGGUAUAAUAUUUUGGUCUGACGGACCAUGUAAACUUUUUCUC